AUGCACCUCCGGUUGCCCCCCAGCCUGCACUAUCCCAUCACCGUGACUUCUCUCCUCAAGAAGGAGGGGGACACGGUGGCGCGGGAUGAGGCUAUCUUCUGGUACAUUUACCAGACUACUGUGGAGGAGGGAGACGGGCUGGGAAACCAAGUUAUGGUGCAGCGCAAGUUUCCGACACGUUUUGAAUCUACCGUGGAUGGCACGGUUGUGAAAUGGAAUAUCGCUAAGGGCGAUAUUAUUGAUGAACCUGUGGAUGUGGUCGAAGUUGAGGAGCCGUGUGCACAUGAGGUCCAGUUCGGUGGCAUGUGCGCUGAGUGUGGCAAGGAUAUGACUGAAUCGAGCUACAACACCGAGAUCUCGGAAACCUUCCGCGCUCCCAUCCAGAUGACCCAUGACAACACCACAUUGACCGUCAGUGAGAAGGAGGCCACUCGCGUUGAGGAGGAUGCUAAGCGUCGUCUUUUGGCGUCCCGGCGUCUGUCACUGGUGGUGGAUCUGGAUCAGACAAUCAUCCAUGCCACUGUUGAUCCCACCGUUGGAGAAUGGAAGGACGAUAAGGAUAAUCCGAAUUAUGAUGCAUUGAAGGAUGUUCGAUCUUUCCAAUUGGUUGACGAUACUCCGGGGGCGCGUGGAUGUUGGUAUUACAUCAAGCUCCGACCCGGACUGGAGGAUUUCCUGGAGAAAGUUGCCGAGCUCUUUGAACUGCACAUUUACACCAUGGGUACUCGAGCAUACGCCCAGAAUAUUGCCGACCUCAUUGACCCAACCCGCAAGCUCUUCGGAGACCGCAUCCUGAGCCGUGACGAGAGCGGAAGUCUGACGGCCAAGAACCUGCAGCGACUCUUCCCGGUGGACACCAAAAUGGUCGUCAUUAUUGAUGACCGCGGUGACGUGUGGCGAUGGAUUCCCAAUUUGAUCAAGGUCGUUCCCUACGACUUCUUUGUUGGAAUUGGCGAUAUCAAUUCCAGCUUCUUGCCUAAGAAGCAAGAGAUUGCGGCACCACCCAAACUAAGUAGAGCAUCGAAAGAGAAGGGGAAGGACAAGGAGUUGCAGGAGCACCAUGUCAACGGUGCAACGAUGAAGACAGGGUCGGAGACGGAGGUCUCGGCUUUGGAACAGUUGGUGACGAUGGGUGGUGGGGAUGACCCCAGACUUUUGCAGGAGCAGACGGAUGCACAGGAGGAAACGAUCAUGCAUCAAGUUGAAGAUCGUCCUUUGCUACAGAAACAAAAGGAGCUAGAUGCAGACGACGAUGCGUCUGCUGAUGGUAGCGAAUCGUCUUCCAGUGGGGAUGAGUCGCAGGAGACGGCCAGACCUCGACACCAUCUACUGGUAGAUCAUGACACGGAGCUUUUCCAUCUUCAAGACCGUCUGGAGGCGGUACAUAAGAUCUUCUUUGAGGAGUAUGACAAGAAGAGAACCCAUGCUCUGGGUGGCCGCGUAGCCGCCCUCCGCGGCGAGAAAGCCCCUUCCAAAGACAAAGACGUGGACUUGAAACUAGUCCCCGAUAUCAAGGACAUUAUGCCCCUGUACAAAGCCCAAGUACUCGGCGGCGUGGUGGUGGUUUUCUCCGGCGUGAUUCCGCUGGGUCAAGAUCUCCAGAACGCAGAAGUCUCUCUCUGGGCAAAGACAUUCGGCGUAGUCGUCCUGAAGAACAUCGGCAAGCGCGUAACACACCUGGUCGCUGGCCGGAAUCGCACCGCCAAAGUACGGGAAGCCACGCGCUGGCCAAACAUCAAGAUCGUCACGACACAAUGGCUCUACGACUCUCUGAUCAACUGGAGACACAUGGAUGAGGACCCUUACCUGCUACCCGUUCACCCAGAUGACCGUGGCGAGCUCCUCUCGCCCGGUUCCCGCGAACUUCUCGAUAGCUCGUGGAUUUCUUCUUCAGACGAAGCGACGAACGUGACCGAUGACGACGCUAGCGACGAGAUGUUCAAGGAAACCGGACUCACAGAGUCUUCACCCCUCAGCUAUGACGAAGACGAUCAGGCCGCGGUGCACGACGAACUGAAGGAGUUCCUGGGCAGCGACGACGAAAGCGAGAGCGAUAGCGAGUUCUGGGCGGAGGAAGCCACGGAGCCGAGUCGGAAGCGCAAGCGCGGGGAAGGAAACGAUGGCAACCCCGACGACGAAUCCACCGAUGGAGACGGCGACGAGUCAGAUCCCAAGGGCUCACGUCUUUCACAACGCAUCAAGCGGUCCUAUGAGCGGAGUACUGGCCUUAGAGAGGUUGCUACCGCGGGAGGUUCGGAGACGGAAGAGACGCGGUUCGAGAAGGGACAAUUCCCUGCCCCGGAUGAUGAUGACGAGGGGGAGGAGGUGGCCGCUUCUGCUGUCGGUGAACAGGAGAUUCAAUCUGACACGGCCGUUGACGAAUCGGACGCAGAUGAUUUUGAGCGCGAGAUGAUGGCAGCCUUUGAUGAUCCGGAUUACAGCAAAGAAUCCGGUGCCGAGGAGGCAGCUUCCGAGCAAACCUAA